CCUCAUCAAGAGGAGAUAUCAUGAGCCAAGGUUGGCAAUAGGUGCUGCUGAUAUGCAAGUAUUUCAUAUGAUAAUCUCAACAUGCUGAGAAGGUCUGCAAGAGCUGCCGUGCCACGAUUGGUAGAGGAUUCACCCGUCCCGUUAACGAGUGAAGGCUCUAAUACGAAAUCGAGGAGCUCAGUCAGGAAAGGCAAACAAAGGCAAAUUGAUAUCAGUCCACUGGCAGACAGCUCUUCUUCCUCUUUGGCCAACUCAGACGCAGAAGAAGAACACAGCUCUGAAGGAAGUAGUACAAGACGUUCUACUCGAACGCCUGCUCCUAGAAGGUCAAAUGGAUCACCAGUACUUCUCACAAGCGACAAUCAUUCCUCAAGGAGCUUGAAUCAUCAUAAACCCUCUUCUACCACCUCUCGCUUGCCUCUAACAAAGAGACCGAGCGCGAUGAGAGGUGGACAGAGAGAUAGUACAACAGGCAACCAUGGUAGCAUGGUAAGUGUGGAUGACGGAUACAAUAGUGAUUCGUCUGUUGAAUUCGUUUCCGCCACCUAUGCGACACAGCCACCACCAAGUAACAGCAACCGAAAUGCUUCUAAAGGGUCAGGAAAUACAGCUUCGGUCAAGACCGAAAACUUGAAACGACUUGUUCUUCCCGAUAUGCGUCCUAUUAUCCUAACAUCGAAUCGAACGGCAACGGGCAACGUUGGAAAUGUUGUUCCUGGUGGACCGGACUGGCUUCCUUCACCACCACUUUCACAACGUCAGCAGUCGGAGGAAGCUAUACAAGCUCCCGCUUCUGUUUCCCGGGCUUCUUCUUUGAACCUGUCUUCCAGUCAUUCUGCUGCUUCAUCCCCGAGUGCAUCUGCCUCUAUCCAAGAAUAUGCAACUGCUAGAGUGACACAAGCAGAGCCAAUCACUGUUCAAUCGUUCACACAGGGUAAUGCAGCAUUGACACGAACGCCCUCAGGUAGACCCAAACCAAGACCAAGCGCAGCGGCAAUCGCUAGCAGCCUCAAUUCUGCGUCAAAGAGCCGCCCGUUUGCAAGUCAACCUUCCACAAGACCAAAGCCACGACCUAGCGCCGAAGCGAUCGUUGCUAGUACGCAAUCACGGCAACGGUCAGUGGCUGCUUCUGCCUCAAACGCUGAAGCGGCGGCUGCAUCUGCCACGGCACCUGCAUUGGAUCACGCAAAUGCUGAAAAAAGUCAGCCUUUGGCAAUGCCCAAAGACAGUGUUGCUCUUCAAGAACAUGCCAGCGCUGGUUCUACCUCAGAUGCACAGGAAGAUGAGACUGCACCACCAUCAACAAUGCAACUUCGCCCACGCAAAACGAAACGAAAGAGAGCGGCAAGUGUGAUAAGUAUUGAUGAUUCACCAAGUCCAACUCCACCGGCUAAAAGGCAGAAUGCUGCUCAAGAAGUACAGGUGGAGCAAUCGAGCUUGCCUGAAAGCAGAUCAAAGACCCCGAUACCAGCACAAGACCAAGAAACCGCUGUACCAAAGAGGGGAAAAGGUCGUCCAAGAAAGAAUCCAAAUGCAGAACCUUCUGCUGCUACCAAGAAGAAGCCCCCAAAGCCAACUGUGCGCAAGAAAACAUCGUCGAAACGCAACAAGAACAGGCUGCCAGCGCUGGCGAUGUUAGAAAGAGAGCAAAUUUUCUCUACAGCUCCAUCACCUCGUCAAUCUCCCGAAGCACCGCCUUCACCAGCGAUUCCCCCUCCUCCACGUAGGCAUCGUAGAAGAUCACUGACACCGGUAGAGCAAGAAGAACAGGAGAUCCCGCUUUUCUUUGGAGAUGAAGUACCUUUACUCUCAAGAAGUAAUUCACAGGCAGCUUCGAGUCAGUAUACCGUGCGGCCAACACAAUCGCAGCGUCCUAAAGCCAGACCACGCCAACGGGAUUGGGAAGAAGAACCGGAAUCAUAUUACCAGACUGCACCUGUUGCAACCGAAAGUUCUCACGGCGAACAGGAUGUGAGAAACACACCCCUUUCCGAUCCUAAGCAUAAUCAAAUAGCUGCUGAACAAGAUCAGGAACGCACAUUCCGGCCAACACAAUCACAGCGGCCUAAAGCCAGACCACGCCAACGAGAUUGGGAAGAUGAACCGGAAACAUAUUUCCAGACUGCACCUCUUACAUACGAAAGUUCUCACGGCGAACAAGAUAUGAGAAGUGUGUCCCUUUCCGGUUCCGAACGUAAUCAAGAUGAUGUUGAAGAUCAGGAUGAUGCUGAAGAUCAGGACGCGAGGGAUAUUACGCUUUCCGGUUCCGAGCAUAUUCAGGAGAGUGGUGAGGAUCGAGAUGCGAGAGACGUAGAGCAAGAACAGAGGAAGGAUUCGGAUGCAGAGGAUAUUCAAGAUAUGGCAGAUGUGACAAUGACAGAAGAGCAUGGCCAGGAUAGUCAGGCUGUUGCAUCAAGUAAAGAGCAAGUGCUGGAAGCACUGGCAGAGCGAGCAAGAAGCAACACACCAGCUCCCACGGCCGAGCAAGCAAUACACGAUCACGAAGAGCGAUCGUCCUCAUCUUCACCUCCGCAUUCAUCUUCACCACCCUCGUCAACAUCAUCGUACGAAUCUGCUCUGGAGACACAAAGGAGAUCGCACGAGCGUCGUGAAGCUCAAAAAGAUGCUGUACCAGAAGACGCACUAGGACGAUUGUUGCAACCCGUUGAAACAAGAGAAGCCGCUCAAUCAGAACAACGACUUUUCAGUAACGAACCCGACGGAAGACCUUUAAGAAUUCUUGUUCCAUUGGCGAUCAGCGAGCGAGACCUGAUUGUAGAUAUGAUUCGGUCAAAUGGAGCACGUGUUUGCAAUCGGGUAGAGGAAUGUGAUGUGGUGAUCGUUGAUGAAGAGCUGUUGCAAUCACAAAACAACACAGUUUUAACCGUCAUUCGACAAGCUACAAGACAAAAGACUCAGAAAUCAAUCUUACGUAAAGCAUGGCUGGUGGAUAGUGUCGAAGCGGGAAAAGCUGUAGAUCGGGCAGAUGCAAAGUAUGCACUUUCAACGGCACAGAUUGAUUCGAUCAAAGCUCGACCUGCUGCUCGUUUAUUCAAUUCGGUGCCGAGGCAAAAUGCUGAGACUUUGGCUUUGAUGCGUCCGGUGCCUGGGAUUGGCGGACGAACUCGAAUCGAUUUUACUGAAGUGGAUGCAGUGCAGAUUAUACAUCAUUUGGCCAUCACCAAGGAAGCAUGGGAUGGUACUUUAUGUGCAAAGGAGUUGCAAAACCGUUUCAAGAAACAUACCUGGAUGUCAUACCAAUCUCAUAUUAGAGACAAUUUGAACAAAAACAAACAUUACGGUGAUCGGGCGAGAGAUUAUCAAAAGAAGAUCGGGCAAGAGAAACAAAUUUUGGAGCGUCGUAAGAUGCAUGCCGAAUUGAAUGGCCCGAAGGAUUAAUUAUUGAUUGUACCUGUAGAAAGAUGUAAGAUUACCUCACACACUCCGAUCGAAUUUCCAUAGUCAUGUAUAUACCCCUUCAAUAAGAUCGAGGAUCAAAAGUUAGGCCACUUUGAUGUUAAUUAGCGAGCAAGG